CUCAACUCGUGUACUGACGAACGAGACGAUGCCCAUCAUCAAACUGUCUACAAUUUUCACCGCUUAUCGAGCCGCGCUCCUCACCAUAUAAACGGGGCUACUCGCUCACUCCAAUUUUCAGGUCCUCACCACUUGCAGUCAUUCUCACAAUGAAGCUCAACAUCCUCGCUCUCGUCGGCAUCGCCACCUUUGUCUCUGCCAUUCCUGCAGAGGACAUCGCUCUCAAUAUCACCGGUGGUCCUGUUCCAGACCAUGGAGGCGGUUUUUCUGGGACAUGCAGCUCGUGGGGAGGCUCGUACUCACAGCACGUCGCCGAGUUGCAAGCUACCUGCUAUGACGAUCAUGGCGCGCAGGAUACGACGUCGCUCGACCUAAACAACUGCAUUGAAAACCACAAUGGCAACCUUGGCUGUGCUUGGAACGGUCAUUUCUUGGGAUCGUGUAAUGUAGAAAACUCGCUCGGAACCGGGAACACUGUGUUAAGUGUGUCCUGUGCCGACGGGCGAGGUGGAAUGGUGUCGCGAAGUAUUGACGUCAAUGACUGCGUUUCGAACUCGAACGGAGGACUUUCUUGCCACUAGAGAUGACAUCUUAUUGACAACUUGAAGACUUGAACCAAAUGCAUACAUUUGAUGCUCUAUAAAUGUGUCAUAUUCACGAGUUUGGGACACUGAGAUGUGGCAUAGCAAAGCAUACGACGCGAAGCUCUGAAAUCCGGCCAUAGCACGCAAUACAUCAGUGAUUACGUGUCCAUAGUUAUGCCCCUAUGAAACCUGAG